AUGUCAAUUGAGGAAAUCCAAGAAAACGUAGAGAACCUUAACUUCAGCGAACCAGGUCCUUCAAACGCAGCUACACAGAGUCGUGCAGAGAAGAAGGCCAGACAAGCGCUUCAAGGUCAUGGAUUGAAAAAGGUCCCAGGUGUCACCAGAGUCGUUCUCAGACGCUCACGUAAUGUCAUGCUCGUAGCAUCGAACCCAGAAGUGCACACGGCACCAGGCUCAGGUAUCCACAUAGUCUUUGGUGAAUUUAAGGUGGAAGACCCAAGCCAAUUACAAGCCGCACAAGGAGAAGCUCCAGAAGGCCAAGACAAGUCAGAAUCAAAGAAGCCAGAAGAGAUCAUGUCAGAAAUGGACACCCAAGCGGCAAACAUUUCUGAAGCAAAGGGCAAAGACGUUGAAGACGAAGGAGAAGUAGAUGAAACUGGCGUCGACGCUAAAGAUAUCGAGCUCGUUACUGCACAAGUAGGCUGCACACGCGCUAAAGCAGUAAAGUCGCUCAAGGAGAAGAAUGGGGAUUUGAUUAACGCCAUAAUGGCAGCCUCCGACUAA